AUAACAAUGACUUACACAAAUGGAGAGAUGUGUUAUUUCAUGGAUGAGAAGACAAUUACGUAGAUGUGAAUUCUCCACAAAUGAAUUUUUGGAUUAAAUGCAAUGCCAAAUAAAAACAAACAAAACUCUCUAACCUUGAGGAGAGUGUAAGGGUAGUUGGGGGCCUCUGAGGUGGUAGGGGGCUCAGAAAACUGAGAUCAAAGACCUGUUAGUGCUUUAAAAAUUAUAAAGUUCCCCAUAGAUAGUGCUUCUGAGUGUGGUGUCCUGCCUCAUCUGUGGGACUGAGUUCCUUGAAGCAAGGCUGUGCCCCGCUCCUGCCCUCCGCUUCCGUGCUGAAGAAAUGCUCACAGAAAUGAAAUGAAACAAGAAGUUACUGAUAACAGGAGCACUCUCUCUGUUCUCCCCAGAACAGACUUCAAACUCUUCGGAAUCUGAGCAGCUUCCUUCCCUUCUGCAAGCUUUCCUCCCCAUCCUUUUAGCCUCCACCCCACCUCCAACUGAACUUGGCAAGGUAUUUACCUGUCUUCCCACUUGACCCCCGAGGACACAUAAGGAUGGCUUGCUCAAGGUCGCCAACUAGUGGGGGAGGACCCUGAUCCUGCUCAGGAAAUCAGGGCCUGCUUGAGUGAUUGCAGGUGAAAGUAACCCUCCCUUAACAUGCCCCACCAGAGUGCAGGUACAUGCUGUCCUGGCUCCUGGAAUCGUGUGGUGGUGACUUAUUCACAGAUGCUUUUCUGGUAACACAGGUGGAGACCUGGAAGCCCAGCCGCACUGGAUCCUCACAUUCACUUGCUCUUCCAUUCCAGUCUCUGCCUCCAGCUUUCCUCUCCCAAUCCUCCUCUAUAUUGCCUUCCCAAAACCUUGCAUCACAUCUCUGGAUUGCAUCGCAUGUCUGCUUAAAAUAAUGAGUUAACAUUUAUUGAGCCCUUACAGUGGGCCAAGUGCUGUUCUAAGCUCUUCCUUUGAAUUAACUCAUUUCAUUUUAACAAUUCUAUGAAGCUGUCACUACUAUUAACCCCUGUUUUGCAGAUAAGGAAACCGAGGCACGAGAUUGCGGUGACUUACUGAAGGUUACAGAGUAAGUGGCAAAGUUAGGAUUUCAACUCAGGUGUUCUGGUUCCCAAGCUUGGGCUUCUCAGACCAGAAAACCCCUCUCUGUAGGUCUCUAUUCUGAUAAUAAAUAACAAUAAUCAUAUGAUGAUUAACAUGCAUGGACUGCUUACUAUAGGCUAGGCCCUGUUUUGGCUGUAUUUCAUGUAUUAACUCGUUUGAUUCUUACAAUAGUACUAGAGAAUUGGGAGGUACUAUAAAUCCUCACUUUACAGGUAAGGAAACUGGGGCCCAGUCACACAGCAAGGAUGGGUUACAGACAGGCUUCCCCAAGGGUCCAGCAUCCAAGGCUCUUUUGAUUCAUGCUGCAUGAUCUCUGCAUUUCCACGAAAGCAUGUCUUUUGUUUCUUGAUCCAUGCAUGUUUUUCCUUCUCAACCAGACCUUGAACUCCACAGGCUAGAUUUGAGAUCAGGUACCUCCUUCAGUGUCCCCAACUCACAGCAAGAACCUCACAGACUCCUAUUAAUCUUGUGAGGUAGGCAUUUCCCCUUUUAGAAGAAAAGGCCCAGAUUCAGAGAGAUAAAGAUGGAACUGGAUGGACAGCAGUGUUUUGGCAGACAGUGCUUUCCAGCUGCCAAACUUUGCUGCAUCCCAUCCCGCAGAGCCUCAUUUCCAAGAGCAGUGGUGGUAGUAAUUCUUGACAGUUAAGAGCAAUGGCUUAGGAUUAGACCUGAGUUUAAAUACCCAUUCAGCCACCUGUGUGACCCAUAGAAUUAAUUUAACCUCUUUUGUCCUCAGUUGCCUCAUCUGUAUAUGACAAUAAUGAAAAUGCUUUCCUCAUAGGUCUGUUGGGAGGACAAAUGAGAUAAAGCAUAUAAAAUCCUGUGAGAGAGGCCUAGAUGGGAGAAGUAUUGUGUGUGUGUAUAUAUAAUCCCCCCACCCUCCCUAACGAAGGGUGUCAGGUCCCCAGACAGAAGCAGUUCUUACUACUUCAUGGGUGUGAAAUCCAGGAGGGCCCAGGACUGGAAAAGGGUGACACUAGGAAGGCCAGUCCGGGGGAGUGGCUGAGCAAAAGGACAAGUGAUGAGGGGUUUGGUCAUGUAGAAGAGCCCAGGGCAAGAGGCACAUGGUUCCUGGGGUGAGGAAAGGGGAGGGGGCAUCAGGUGCGCUCCCGGAGAAGAACUUCCUGUGCUCCGGAAGCCUUGCUCAGGGGAGUGGUGGGCGCCCUGCUGUGCACCGCCCAACGCAAGGUUCUCCAGGAAAGAUCCUGCUAAACUAUUUGCGGGGAUUAAUCAGGUCCGCGGGCCCAAUCUGUCCGUCGCUGCUCCCGGUCCUCUUGACCAGCCUUUCAUUCAGGGAGCUCUAGCUGGGCCGCAUCUUCCGGAGUCGGAGCUCUAGGGUGCUGGGGCGGAGGCUGGAACAGACCGCGGCGCCUAACCGCUGCUAGGCUCGAGCUUCCGAGGGCGCCCACGAGAAGUGGGUGCUCUGCCGGAUCCUCCUGCUUCGCCAGGCCCAGUGUGUGAGGAUUUAGGGAGCUGCCCCAUCCGAGCCGCUGCGAUUGACCUUGACCGUCAUGAGCCGCCAGCCUCGGGCCGGCUGCCAGGCAACGGCGCUCUCCCCAGGACCGCCCUCCUCCCUCCCCUCCGGCGCAGUUGGGCGCUGGAUCCCCGGCUGAUCCAGGCCGGGUUUUGCGGCAGAGUCCGCGCGUGCUGAUUCCUCAUCUGUUGCCCUCGGCGGCGGGCGGCGGCGGCGGGCGGCGGGAGACCAUGGUGCUGGACGAACUGUGGGCUGCGCUCUCCGGCGUCUCUGGGGCUGCCCUGGCCUGCUGUUUCGUGGCGGCGGCCUUGGCCCUGCGCUGGUCCACUUGCCGGCCGGCGCGGGGCGCGGCGGCCCGGGUGCGACGGCAACAAGCGACCCUGAAGACCAUGGACCAGGCGGCGCAGCGCUUCCGGCUUCAGAACCCUGACCUGGACCCGGAGGCGCUGCUGGUCCUGCCCCUGCCUCAGCUGGUACAGAAGUUACAGAGUGGGGAGCUGUCUCCGGAGGCUGCGCUCUUCACCUACUUGGGAAAGGCCUGUGAAGUGAACAAAGGGACUAACUGUGUAACCACCUACCUGGUGGACUGUGAGACUCAGCUGUGCCAGGCCCCAAAGCAGGGCCUGCUCUAUGGUGUUCCUGUGAGCCUCAAGGAGUGCUUCACUUACAAGGGCCAUGACUCAACAUUGGGCUUGAGCCUGAACGAGGGGGUGCCAGCAGAGUGUGACAGCGUGGUGGUACAAGUGCUGAAGCAGCAGGGCGCUGUGCCCUUUGUGCACACCAACAUCCCCCAGUCCAUGUUCAGCUAUGACUGCAGUAACCCCCUCUUUGGCCAGACCAUGAACCCAUGGAAGUCUUCCAAGAGCCCAGGUGGCUCCUCAGGGGGUGAGGGGGCCCUCAUUGCUGCUGGAGGCUCCCCACUGGGCUUAGGCACUGAUAUCGGAGGCAGCAUCCGCUUUCCGUCCGCCUUCUGUGGCAUCUGUGGCCUCAAAACCACUGGGAACCGCCUCAGCAAGAGUGGCCUGAAGGGCUGUGUCUAUGGACAGGUAGCAGUACAGCUCGCAAUUGGCCCCAUGGCCCGGGAUGUGGAAAGCCUGGCGCUGUGCCUGCGAGCGCUGCUGUGUGAUGACAUGUUCCGCUUGGACCCCACCGUGCCCCCCCUGCCCUUCAAGGAGGAGGUCUACACAAGCUCUCGGCCCCUGCGUGUGGGGUAUUAUGAGACUGACAACUAUACCAUGCCCACCCCGGCCAUGAAGCGGGCCCUGCUGGAGACCAAGAAAAGCCUCGAGGCUGCUGGCCACACGCUGGUUCCAUUCCUGCCAGGCAACAUACCCCAUGCUCUGGAGACCCUGUCGACAGGUGGGCUGUUCAGUGAUGGAGGCAGUAGCUUCCUACAGAACUUCAAAGGUGAUUCCGUGGACCCCUGCCUGGGCGACCUGAUCUCAAUUCUGAGGCUGCCUGGGUGGCUCAAAGGACUGCUGGCGUUCAUGCUGAAGCCUCUGCAACCAAGGUUGGCAGCUUUUCUCCACAACAUGAAGUCUCGGUCGGCUGGAAAGCUCUGGGAACUGCAGCAUGAGAUUGAGGUGUACCGUCAGUCUGUGAUUGCCCAGUGGAGAGCACUGGACCUGGAUGUGCUGCUCACCCCCAUGUUGGGCCCUGCUCUGGAUUUGAAUGCCCCAGGCAAGGCCACAGGAGCUGUCAGCUACACUCUGCUCUACAACUGCCUGGACUUUCCCGCUGGGGUGGUGCCUGUCACCACGGUGACCGCUGAGGACGAGGCCCAGAUGGAGCAUUAUAAGGGCUACUUUGGGGAUCUCUGGGACAAGGUGCUGCAGAAGGCCAUGAUGAAGAGCGUGGGGCUGCCUGUGGCCGUGCAGUGCGUGGCUCUGCCCUGGCAGGAAGAGUUGUGUCUGCGGCUCAUGCGGGAGGUGGAGCGAGUGAUGACCUCUGAAAGGCAGCGAUCCUGCCUCCUGCCCGUCCGGUUCCAGAGGACCUGAGACCCACUGGAUCUGCGCCUAGAGUAGUCAGGGCAUGGCUGCCACCCUGUGAGGAAGUGUUCAGCCUGGGGCAGAGGCUCCCAAGUCCCUCCUCUCGCCUCUACAAGAAGCCCAGACCCGCUGAGUCUGGACCCUACUCCCUGCUCUGGCCACCCUCUGCCCUGACCCCUCCAUGUGGCAACCAGUGGGCAUAACAUGGGCAGAGACCCACUAACAGUCAAGAACUGGCUCCUGGUCUGUGUACUUUCUGGCGUUCACUGUUAGGGCACUGGAGGUUGGAGAUGACCUUCUAGACGCAGUUCCAGCCAUGCCAGUCUCCUGCUCCCAAACCUCCCUGGUUCCCAUCACUCACAAGGAGGACACAGGCUUCUCAGAGUGGGAGUUGCAGCCCCAGCUCUUCACUCCCCCCCACCCCUCCCCAGCCUCUUAGACUAAGCCCUGCUUUGCUAGACACUGUCUUUUCUCCUUCCUCUGCUCCUUCCCUCUGCUCACUAUACCCUUUCUGUUCCUCUACCAUUAAAUCCUUUGAGGCCCAGCUCAGGUCCCUUUUUCUCCCUCUGAGCCCCGGGUAGGUGGACUGUUUCCUCCCAGUCUGCCCUGUGCUCUGGGCAUCUCUACUAUGGAUGGGUCACCUCCCUUAGCACCCUGACUCUCCUUGACAGCAGGGACUCUAUUGCUACAUCUUUGUCCUCAGGGGCCAGCACAGGGCAGCGGGGAGUCUGGAAUGCUGUUGGGGAUAGGAGCCCACAGGCCUGGGGAGGCGAGCACAAAACAAGGUGAUCUGGUAGAGAGCACUGGCAGGACCAGCCAGGACUGGAAUGUUCUGGGAAAGCUUCCUGAAGGUGGAGGACCUGUGUUGAGUAUGGAAGGUUCCCAGAGGCUGAGAUAGAGGACAGGGACAUCCCAGGGAGAAGGAACAGAACGCCAAAGACCAGAAUGAGUCUGGUAGAUGGAGGCAUUGAAUGGGCUCAGCAGCAGCGAUGUAGGCGGGGGUCAGAUCAAGGUGGACUGGAGGGGGCUGGUUCAGGAACUGGAAUUCUCUCUCAAGGGCAAUGGGGCGCUCUUGAACGACCACACAGGUGUGGCGAGGAGAGUAGACUGGAGGGGCAGAGCCUGGAGAGGACUAGAAGACCGCCCCAUGAUCCUAACCUGGGCAAGGGACCCUGAGGCCUGAGUUAGGGCUGUGGCCCAGAGAGAGGUGAUUUGGGAAUUGCCAGUUGGGAUGGAAGUGAGCACUCUCAGCCCAGUCUCAGCUCUGCCCAGUCUGCCAGCUCACCUCUUACUGGACGGUGUUGCCUGGUAGGAGGAGGGGUGGCUCACUUGUGACAGCUCUGGGGGCUUCUUGGGCCCACCAGCCGUGCUUCCUCACUCCCCCAGCCGCAGCCCUAACUCGCUUGCUUGCUGUUGAAGAUGUUCUGAGCUUGAACCCUCGGGCAGGGGAGGCCCCUGGCCCCCACCUGACCCACUUCAUAAUUUUUUCAAGGCAAGCUGCUUUCCCAAGGCUUCCUUCUCCACACUGAUUUUCCUGCUCCUCCAGAGGACUUUCCCCUCCAGGCUGCAUGCCCAGCGGCACCUGCACUUUCUGCCAGUGGUGUCCCCGCCUUGAUGGGGCAAGUCUCAGGGCAGACACUAGGCCCAUACCUCGCGGCUGACUAGAGGAUCUGGCCCACAUGGACACCUUGCUGGGAUGACCAAGAAGCUGCUCACUUUGUCUUGGUUUCUCAUAACUGCUAUGUCAUCUCGCCUCAUGUCCCAUAAAACCACCUGCAAUCUGCCCCAGCUUCCUCCUCCUGCCCUGUUUCUCUCUUUGGUUAGUGAUAUCUUCACUUUCAGACACAAGGCCGCGGUGGGGGCACCUCCUCUUCAUUCCUUCACUGGUUCAUUGAUUUCACCCUUAGACCCCAGCACGGCCAUGCUGAGUGGUGCUGGGGGUCCACCAAGCCUGGCUCCCAUCCUGAGAGGCUCCUGAGCCUGUGUGGGUGGCGGACAUUGGCACAAACACAUUGGCUCCCUUGUGAUUGGGGCAGGGGGAAAGGGUAGACGGGGGGCCAAAUGCUGCCAAGGGCAUGGGUGCAGAGGUCAUUGGGGAAGUAAGUUCUCACUGCUUUGCAUCUCCACCACUACACUCUGAUCCAAGCCACUUGCCUCUCAUCUGGACCCUAAUAACCUAACGGGGCUCCCUGCUUCCUUCCUCACCUAUCCCCCAAUCCAUUCUCCAAAUAUCCGCCAAAGCGAUCCUUUAAAAGUGUAUGUCAGAUUGAGUCACCUCCCUCCUUAGGACCUUGCAAUGGUUUCCCAAUCAACCAAGAAUAAAAUCCAGUCUCCUCCUUGAGUCCUGCAAGGCCCUGUGUGAUGUGGCUUUUGCCCGCCUCUCCAGCCUCAUUUUGGGUGUCUCUUCCCCUCGUCUGUUGUGCUCCAGCCACACGAGCACCUUUUGGUUUCUCGAUCCUUGGUCCUUGCUUCACAGCUUUUGUGUUAGCUGUCCCUCUGCUUGGAACACUUGGCUCCAGUAUCACCUUCCCUGAUCACUCACUCAGAAACAGCUUCCCUGACACUCUAACGUGUCACCCUUUUACUUUACAGCAUUGUCACUCUCUGGAAUCACAUGGUUUGUCUCCUUUCAAACAAGCUUCCUGAGGGCUGCACUUUGUCAUGCACAUCACAGUAACCUCUGCAUGUGGAACGGUGCCUAAAAGAUGCAAGGUUAAUGCAAUGAACAUUAAGUGAGCAUCUACUGAAGACCAGGCACUGUACUGGGUGUCGCGGCAGCAGUGAUGAAUGAGACAGUCUAGGUUCCUGUCCUCCUGGAGCUACAGUCUGAAGGAUAUUUGUCGAAUUUUGAAAGUAGGCAGCAAGGCAGGCAGGUGUGCUACUGAAGACCUUACAUAUUUAAAGCACUGAGUGAUAAGGUGACUUUUAAUCGGGACAAGGGGGCAUUCUGAAUACGAACCAUCUACCUUCUAGGCACUUGAUAGUCGUCAUGUCAUUUUAUCCUGUUGUAAGUAUUUGUGUCCUCAUUUUACAGAAAGUUCCUAUAGCUAGAAGUGUGGAAAUUAGAAUCAGAGCCUGAUCAGUCUAUGUCAGAGCCACUUCCUGGUGCCCCACAAUGUUGAGGAACGUAGGAGUGAUGGCACAAGCUCACCACCUCCUCUUCCUGCCUGACCACCAGCCCAGCGGCCUCAAGACCCUCUAAGUCCUGUGGCUCCUGCCUGUUCUCAGCCUUUCCCCUCCUCUCCGGGCCACUGCCGCAGCUUCCUCUAUCUCCAGACUGGUCUUCUCCAACCGUCCUUCAUGUGGCAGUUGAGUGACCUUUCUAAAAACAAAUCUGAUCACAUCUAAAAUCGUGCUCAGUCCAGGCUCCUGGCUGUGACCCACAAGGCUGUGCUGGACCUGGCUGUGCUGUUGACCGUCCUGGCUUCCUGCCCUUCCCGGAGCCCUCGGGCUGUGCUCAGGACACUGCACACCUCCCACCUCCAAGCCCCUUGCUCACUGUGCUUGCUCUGCCUGGAAUACUCUUACUUAUGUCUCCACCUCAAGACCCCCCAUCCCCCCACUGCUUCAUCCCAGGCAAAGGUAGUCGUCCUCUUACAAUUGUCAGGCUGUGUUUGAAAGGGCUUCUGGGCGUUUCUGUUCAUGCUCAAAAGAAGAGACUGUCUGAAUAAUAGAAUCCAAUAUCUAUUAGGCUGUAGAGUUGAUAAUCCAUUAUCCCACUGGGAAAAAAAUGGCAUUAUUACUUCCAUUUUAUAGAUAAGGAAACUGAAGUUCAGAAUGGGUUGCUGGUUUGUCCAAGGCCAAAGACUUGAACAGAAGACUUGAAUCCAUAUGCCUGACUCCAAACUUAGUGCACUUCCCUUUUUUGCACAAUCAUCCUAAGAACAUGCAAUAAACACUCUGUGUGCCAGGUUCUGUGGUAAGUGGCCACAAACACUGGCGACAAGCAAUGUUCUGGCACUGUGCUCCUCUGCUGAUGUCUGUUUACAGAAAGGGUUGGUCAUGCCCCUGUCCACCCUCCCUUCCUCUCCCUGAGGUUGCGAUAUUGGAGUUUAAGACGCAGGACCUACCAUUUAUCCCUAAUAGGCACCAUCUUUUAGGGUCAUUCCAGGGUUCCAGCUUAUUGAGAGCCUUUGGGGUCCUGGUUCUGUUGCCCACUCUUUCUGCUCUGCUUCCCAGCUUUGUCCAUCCACAAAUCUGAGCACUGGACUGCUCCAACUUCAUCCAAGUCACCAAAAAAUAAUCAGAUCAGGACCAAGGAAAGAACCCUGGGGUGUGUCACUCCAGGUCACUUGCCCGGGCAGCCUGAUCUGCUGCACCCAUAAAUGAAAACCACAUUAUCAAGUACUGAGCCUCCCAACCAGCCUGGGUUGGGCCCUCCCAGGUUUCCCACACAUAGAUUGGGAUCAGGGAAAUUGUGGGAGGUUUCCCUUGUGCACCUGAAGCAGGUGAGGGCACCGGGAGUCAGGGCUGUGUGGGGUGUGCCUUGGAUGACCAGCAGCCAGCAUGGUGCCUGGUACUCUGUGGGUACCCAGUGAAGGCUUGUUGACUGGAGGAGUGGGUGACUUGUGAGUAAACCCAUUUUGGCCUCUCCUGAUUACUUCCUUGUCCUGAUGGGACUGUUGCAAUCAGUCCCUACCCUCAGCCCUUUUCACAUUUAUCUUACCGACUGCUGUGAUCUUGAUUCGUGCCCAUCAGGACAAAUAAUUCCCAGUCUAUAUUCAACCUGUGACUUUCUCCUGGUCUGUAAGUCCUCAUCCAUCCACUUCCCCUCUCUAUAUGCCUUCCAUCCAUCCCGCCAUCCAAUAAACGUAUUGAAUUCCACAGGAAUUACCUGUGCUAACCAAUCA